UGUAAAUAAAUUGUUAGGAGCGAUCACAAAAGGCUAAUUUAUCGAUUCUGUGAAAGAAAGAAAGAAAGAAAGAAGAUGGUGUUGUCACGGCGAUUCGCGCAAGUGUCGAGUGACGAAGAAGACGAUGUACCGGCGUCUACAAGGUCCAAGGGACGACGGAACUCUAGGAGCCCCGAGGAGGGGAAGCGGAGGAAGCGCAAGACGGUGAAGCUCUACGAAGAUUUCGAAGACGACGUGGAUGAGAAGGAAACAGAGGUCGAAGAAGAAGAAGAAGAAGAAGAGAAGCCCGAUGACGCGAGCCCCGUUGGUGAAUCGGUUAAGGUUACGGGUAAAGGCAAAGGGCGAAGAACCCAUUUCCUUCAAUUCGAUUAUGACGGCAACACAUACAAUCUGGAGGAUCCGGUGCUUUUGGUUCCAGAAGACAAAAGUCAAAAACCAUAUGUUGCAAUUAUCAAGGAUAUUACUCAAACAAAAGAUGGAAGCAUGAUGAUUCUCGGACAGUGGUUUUAUCGUCCAGAAGAAGCAGAGAAAAAGGGUGGUGGGAACUGGCAAUCUAGUGACACACGAGAGCUCUUCUACAGUUUCCAUCGUGAUGAGGUGCCGGCAGAGUCUGUGAUGCACAGAUGCGUGGUGUAUUUCGUCCCAGCCCAUAAGCAGCUUCCCAAACGCAAAGUUAACCCUGGUUUUGUCGUACGUAAGGUGUAUGAUACUGUUGAGAAGAAGCUUUGGAAGUUGACUGAUAAGGAUUACGAAGAUACAAAGCAACAUGAGAUUGACCUCCUUGUUGAAAAGUCAAUGUCCCGAUUGGGUGAUCUUCCUGACCUUGAACCUGAGGAGGUGCAUGCUGAUCUUGAGGCUAUGUUGAAGGCUAAAAGAUCUUCCCGGAAAGUGAACAUACCUCCUGUUGAUGUUAGGAAGGAAGAAGAUGCCUUUCUUAAACCUGAGACCCCUGGAAGUGCUAUUUCAUCAGAGUAUCAUUCUGUCUUGCAGAAGUUCAACUCACUGACAGGUGAUGCUCAUCGUGACAAGUGUUUGGCAAAGCUUCUGGAAGCAGUCCAGAACAUUUGCUAUACCGCUGAGAACAAGCAAGCUGCCGAGGAAGCAAAGAUGCCUUCAGAGCUUGAACAGGCUGAUAAAGAUACAAAGACCGAACCAUCAAAGCAGGAUGAGAGUUUUCUCUGGCCAGACGCUGCUGUUCCUCCGGUGUGUGCUCUUGAGGUGGCUUUACAUGUUUCUCUCGCAUCUGAUUACCAUAAAUACAAUCAAAGGAUGAGGGCACUGGUUUUCAAUCUCAAGAACACUGCACUACUGGCUAGACGUCUGCUUAAUGGCGAGUUAGAACCAGCAAAGAUUUUGAGCAUGUCACCCACUGAGUUAAAGGAGGGUUUAACUGCUGAGGAAACAGAGAAGAAUGAGCCUGACGAUGCGGAAAAAAUGCAGAUGACUGAUGCAAGAUGCUCAAGAUGCAGUCAAAUUAAAGUUGGACUGAGGGAUAUCAUCCAAGCUGGGCAUGGAGAUCGUUAUCAGCUGGAGUGUAUUGCCUGUGGCCAUUCAUGGUAUGCCUCCAGGGAUGAGGUAUCAACUCUGACUAUAGACACUGAAAAACCAGCCCAAGGCACAGAGAGUGAGGACGUUGAGAAGAAUUUGACCAGUCCUCGUGGAGCAGAGAAUAAAGCAAAAGAAGACGAAUCCUUGAAGACGACUAAUGGCUCAAAUGUUGACAAAAAUCCUGAAACCACCAAGAAACCAGAGUAAGAAAAUGUGUGUUUAAGGUUUGAAACUUUCAACCGUAUGUGUAGGGUUUCGGGUAUGGAAUGGAACCGGGUUUCAAUUUAACAUUGAUCAACCGUGUAGUUAUGUUGGUAAAGGUUAUCUAUACAAUAAUACGAAGACUUUGAUUAUGGUCAUAUAUCAAUUGUCAAUAGAUUUCUCUGCACCCUCACCUUUUUGUGUAUUUGUUAAUAAAUGUUUCUUUUAUG